GCAACAGAUGACCCUGAGCUCUGAAACUGAAAUGCAGCAGCCAGAUGAAGACUGGUAUGAUGCAACGUCGGAGGAACUGCAGCCAAACACCUGGAUGUGGGACAGCAGCAGCACAUGGAGUACCCAGAGUGAAUUGAUUAUGGGAGAAAAAGAAGCAGGCGAGCUUGUGGAGGAGCUGAAGAAGGAAUGUCCAGUGUUCCAUAUAAAUGGAUCACAGGUUGAAGUCCUCACAGACCCGGCAGAUUUUUACCAAUUUCUGGUGGAAGGCUGCCACAGAGCAAAGAGGCGUAUCAUAUUCUCCUCGUUGUACCUGGGCAAUGGACCAAAAUCAUUGGAGCUGCUCUCUGCUCUAUCUGAGUCUCUGGAGCGAUGUCCCGAUCUGGAGGUCCGGGUGCUGCUGGACUGUCUGCGCGGCUCGCGCGGCCACACUGGCUCGCCCAGCUCCCGCCACCUGUUGGCGCCACUGGUGCAGCAGCACGGAGAGCGCUGUCAGGUGUCUCUGUACCACACGCCGACGCUGCGCUCAUUUAUCAAGUGGCUGCUGCCGGACCGCUGGAACGAGGUGAUCGGACUGCAGCACAUGAAGGUCUACAUCUUCGACGACGACCUCGUCAUCAGCGGGGCGAACCUGAAUGACGACUACUUUACGCAGCGACAGGACCGGUACAUGGUGUUCAGAGGCGCCGCCCACCUGGCGGAGUUCUAUACUCAGCUGGUGGCUGCCGUGAGCCGUUUCAGCCUGCAACUCACCGCCGACGACCAGCUGAAGCUGAGCCCGUCUUGGUCGGUCCAUCCGUACCAGGGCGACCUGUCCAAGUUCUGCGAGCUGGCUCGCGCCGAGCUGGAGGCCGUUCUGGCCGGGUGGCGCCGGUCGCCCCCGGCGCCGCCGGCCGCUGCCGAUACGUGGGUCCUGCCGACAGUGAACCUGGCGCCCGUGGGGAUCGAUCUGGAUGAGAGGGUGACCCGUCGUCUGCUGCGGGCCGACCUUCUGAAGGGCGACGUCCACCUGGCGACGGGCUACUUUAAUCUGACGGACGCCAACAUGGCUGAACUGUCUGCCGGCCAGCCCCGACCCGUCUCCGUGCUGUGUGCCCACCCGGAGGCGAACGGUUUUCUGCGCGCCGGUGACGUAUCGGGCUACAUCCCGGCGGCGUACACCUACCUCCUGCAUCGGUUCCACGCGGCGCUGCCGGCCCACAGCGGCGUCACUCUCCACGAGUACCGCCGACCCGGCUGGACCUUCCACAGUAAAGGCGUGUGGAGCCACGCCGCCGGGGAGACCGGCCUGCCCUCAGCUACCGUCAUAGGAUCGUCAAAUCUGGGUUACCGGUCCUCCUACCGCGACCUCGAGUCUCAGGUGGUGGUCGUUACGAAAAACGCCGCCCUGAGACACGCCCUGGCGGACGAGCGCCGCAAACUCUACUGCCACUCACAGCCGGUAGAUGGCAGCACGUUCGCGCGACCCGACCGUUUCGUGCCCCGAUGGGUGCGGCUGGUCAGCAGACUGAUACGGCAUUUCUUCUAGAAGCUUCUACUGUCGAUCGCCCGGGCAAGUGCAACGUUUUCUUUUUUCGCCGUCAUUGAUGCUCCUCCCGGCUUGCCGCAACUCCCUCCCUCCCUCCCCUUUCCUCCCUCCCCUUUCCUCCCUCCCCUUUCCUCCCUCCCCUUUCCUCCCUCCCUCACGGCCUGCCUCCCAGAUUCCUCUCUCCCUCCCUUCCACCCUUUGUUCCCCUUCCUCCCAAUAUGACCUUGUGCCUGAUCACACACCGUAGUUAUGUGCCCGGGACCCUGUGCUUCACAGCCGCUCUUAGGCCGCCCAGGUGUCGGUUUUCUCAUGUUGUUACGACGUCGGGCGUUCAUGCCACCAUUAGGUCCGACGACGAAGUCAUACUCCACUGCUAGCUUGAAAAGUGCAAUUGUAUUGCGCGCAAAGCAGUCAUGGUUAUGAACUGGCGUUUAAAGUUUGUUGUUAGGGUUGGUCUUGUAAUAAUCCACUGUUUUGCUUAGUCAAUUUGGGAUUUUACCAGUGUUUUAGGUCGAAGUUUGUUGUUGUAUUCGGAAUUCUUUGGGAAUUAUUUUCUAGGAAAUGCAAGCAUGACGGGAGAGAUCGCCUUUAUUUAUUUAUGUCAUCACACAUACCAUUACAUGUGCCUUUAAGUCAUCACUCUUUUUCAUCGCACAAAUCAGGGUACUCGUUUAUACACCCUUCUUUUACCUCAUUUGCAACGAAUUUUCCAACUUCAGCCCAAAACAGGACAACGUUACAUUGUGAGCGUAACGUUGUACUUUUUCCUCUUGUCCAGUGUUGUUUACGGUCCGAUUGGUCCAUUUCAUAGUGCCGAGCUUACAAUUGCCGAGUGUGUGUGUGUGUGUGUGUGUGUGUGUGUGUGUGUUAUAAUUGUGCACUGAAUUACUGUGACGUAGGGUUUAAUGCAGUUUACUGUCACGCGUUACCAUGUCUGAUGAAUAUCGAAUACAUUAUGUGCGUAACUGCGUA